CGGGGGGGGUAUGGACGACCCAAGGAUCCCUUACAGCACAGACCACGGAAGAAUGAGCGACAACAUCGUUUGAGACACGCCUCCAUCAUGUGAAUGGCAUACGAGCUGUCCAAUGCUUGCUCUUUAUUUCCAAUUCAAUCGAAGCGGCUACAUCUUUCUUCAGUGCACUUUUUCAGAGCCAUUUUUGUGCUUGCGUUCUUCGUCAGAGUGAGAAGGGUCGAAAACGAGUAGCGCAGGUUAGCAGCGGCUCUGAGACUUGUUACGUUCCGCCCAUAACACGCCCAUCUUCUUCCAAUAAAUAGCGCCAGUCAGACCGAGGAGCCCUCUCCUUUCUCCCCACUCUUACCUGCUCCCAGGACCGAGGUGCCUGGCCUACCCUGCCCGGUGUUAACUGACAAUGGAGACAGAAAUUGAACAACAAGAAGAAGAUACGUCAUUCAGCAACACAGAAACCAACGGUAAGCGUCCUGCUGAGGACGCUGAUGAGGAGCAGUCCUAUAAGCGCUCCAGGAACACAGAGGACAUGGUGGAGCUCCGCAUACUCUUGCAGAGCAAAAAUGCAGGAGCCGUGAUUGGGAAGGGUGGUAAAAACAUAAAAUCCCUGCGCACAGACUUCAAUGCCAGUGUGUCAGUCCCAGACAGCAGUGGGCCUGAGCGAAUUCUGAGCAUCGGUGCGGAAAUCGAGACAGUUGGAGACAUCCUGCUCAAGAUCAUCCCUACUCUGGAGGAGUACCAACAGUACAAUGGGAUGGACUUUGACUGUGAGCUGAGGCUGCUGAUCCACCAGAGCCUGGCAGGUAGCAUCAUUGGUGUGAAGGGAGCCAAGAUCAAAGAGCUGCGGGAGAACACCCAGACCAACAUCAAGCUGUUCCAGGAGUGCUGUCCCCAGUCCACAGACCGCGUGGUUCUGGUCAGCGGCAAGUCUGAGCGUGUCGUCGAGUGCAUCAAGAUCAUGCUGGAUCUCAUCGCUGAGGCUCCCAUAAAAGGGCGCACCCAGCCCUACGACCCUAACUUCUACGACGAGACCUAUGACUACGGCGGCUUCACCGUGAUGUUUGAGGAGCGCGGGGGUGUUGGUGGUGGUGGACGGCGCCCCAUGGGGGGCUUCCACAUGCGAGGUGGACGUGGUGGCGGAGGGUUUGACCGGAUGCCCUCUGGGCGAGGUGGUCGAGGUGGGCCCAUGCCCCCCGCCCGCAGGGACUAUGAGGAGAUGAGCCCCCGCCGUGGACCCCCGCCACCCCACCCAGGAAGAGGGGGAAGGGGAGGGAGCCGUGGCCGCAACCUGCCACUGGCCCCACCACACAGAGGAGGAGAUGACCAUUACUCCUAUGAUUCCUAUCGGGGCAGUGCAGAUGACAGACAAAACAGUGACAGGCGAGGGAGACCAGGAGAUCGCUAUGGUGAUAACAUGGGUGGGGGUGGAUAUGAUAACAGCUCGUCCUGGAACUCCUAUCAGUCUGGUGGACGCGCUUCCUAUAAUGAUAUGGGAGGGCCAGUCAUCACCACACAAGUGACGAUCCCCAAAGACCUGGCCGGCUCCAUCAUCGGUAAGGGAGGCCAGAGGAUCAAGCAGAUCCGGCAUGAGUCUGGCGCCUCCAUUAAGAUCGACGAACCACUGGAGGGUUCAGAAGACCGCAUCAUCACCAUCAGCGGCACCCAGGACCAGAUCCAAAACGCCCAGUACCUAUUGCAGAAUAGUGUGAAGCAGUCCUCUGGUCAGUUCCUCUAAACAAGGAGACUCAGAUUGAAGCAAAUCCCCUGGUUUGUGGGCAUUUUUAAAAUUUUUUUUUAAGGGCAACAUUCCUGUGCUUAAUGUAGACGUUCUGCAUUUUUAGAGUGUAGUUCUCUACUCCAUCUCUUGUAUCUGUAUUUUUAAAACACAUUUGUCUAAAUAUUUGGAGUCUCCUGAGAGACUAGUGAACAUUAUCUAUUUUUUUGGAUGGGUUGAUUUCUAUGGUGUGUUUGUCAGUAGAGUAAGCCUGUCCCGUGUGUGUGUUCUCUCUCUGUGUUGGAGUUUCUCACCCACCCCCUUACUAUCACUCAGUGCAACGUGCAGAAUGUAAGCUUUUUGUUGUUGUUGUGGUAAGGAACAUUUUAUGAUUUUUAAAAAAAAAUAAAUGUAGGAAAUUGAA